GUGGUCAUCAUUGAUACAUUAGUGGCUUCUCAACAUAACGAGCUACCUUGCGACCUACCCUCUAUACACUACAACAACACCCGUCGAACUAUAUCCCAUCACCGCUGGAUAUACAUCACACCAGCAUGGUUCUCAACCGGCUCCAGCAGCUGGCUCACCACGUCACUGCGACAGCUGCACCACCGCAUCCUUUCGAUCCCCUCACCUCAGCAGAGAUUGAUGCUGUCGUAGCUAUUAUCCGAAAGGAACAUGGCGCCCUUCAUUACAACGCUGUGACUCUCUAUGAGCCGCGCAAGGCCGAGAUGAUGGCCUGGGUGGCCAAUCCAGAGACUGCUCCUCGUCCAGUACGAAAGGCCGAUAUCGUUGCCAUUGCUCCAGGUGGCAAGGUGUACGACGGUGUGGUUGAUCUUGAGAGUAAUAAGAUCUUGGAAUGGAAGCACACGCCGGAUGUGCAGCCUUUGAUUACUAUGGAGGAUCUGCAGGAGGUUGAGCAUGUUGUGCGCAAGGAUCCUAAGGUUAUUGAGCAGUGUGGGAUUAUUGGCAUUCCUCCAGAGGAUAUGCAUAAGGUCUACUGUGAUCCCUGGACAAUUGGAUAUGAUGAGCGUUUCGGCAGUGGAGUGCGUCUGCAACAAGCCCUCAUGUACUACCGACCUCAUCCCGAUGAUUCGCAAUAUACCUAUCCCCUCGACUUCUGCCCCAUCUACAAUGCGGAGACCAAGCAGAUCAUUCACAUUGAUGUGCCUCCCGUGCGCCGACCCAUCAACAAGGCUCCCCCAAACAACUACCACCCGGCGUCCAUUGAGCAGGAGGGUGGCUUCCGCAAGGACAUCAAGCCAAUUCACAUCACUCAACCCGAGGGUGUUUCAUUCGAGGUCAAGGGACGGACCAUUGAGUGGCAGAAUUGGAGCAUUCACGUUGGUUUCAAUUACCGUGAAGGUAUCGUCCUGAACAACAUCACAUUCAAUGAUAAGGGCAAUGUUCGACCAGUCUUCUGGCGCCUCUCUCUGGCAGAGAUGGUUGUUCCUUAUGGAAAUCCCGAGCACCCUCACCAGCGAAAGCAUGCCUUUGAUCUUGGUGAAUAUGGCGGUGGUUACAUGACCAACAGUCUGUCCCUUGGCUGUGAUUGCAAGGGUGCCAUUCACUACAUGGAUGCCUCGUUCGUCAACAGAGCCGGUGCCUCUACCGUCAUCAAGAACGCUAUUUGCAUCCACGAAGAAGACGCCGGCAUUCUCUUUAAGCACACUGAUUUCCGCGACGAGUCAAUCGUGGUGACUCGCGGUCGCAAGCUCAUCAUUUCGCACAUCUUCACCGCUGCGAACUACGAGUACUGCGUGUACUGGAUCUUCCACCAGGAUGGUACCGUCCAGCUGGAGAUCAAGCUGACCGGUAUCCUCAACACAUACGCCAUGAACCCCGGCGAGGACACCAAGGGCUGGGGCACUGAGGUCUACCCCGGUGUCAACGCGCACAAUCACCAGCAUCUCUUCUGCCUGCGCGUGGAUCCCAACAUCGACGGUCCCAACAACACAGCCUUCCAGGUAGAUGCUGUCCGUGGCCCGGGCGAAGUUGGCAGCGCCGAGAACAAGUACGGCAAUGCCUUCUACGCAAAGAAGACCAAAUUCAACACUCCCCGCGAGGCCAUGUCCGAUUACGACGGUUCCACCAGCCGCACCUGGGAUAUGGCAAAUACCAACAAGCUAAACCCAUACAGCAAAAAGCCCGUCUCCUACAAGCUCGUCAGCCGCGACGUACCUCCCCUCCUCCCCAAGGAGGGCGGUCUCGUCUGGAAGCGAGCCGGAUUCGCGCGUCACGCGGUCCACGUCACAAAAUACUCCGACGACGAAAUCCACCCCGCAGGCCGCCACGUUCCCCAAACUUCCGGCGAACCCUCACAGGGUCUACCCGCGUGGAUUGAGUCCGCAGGAUCCGACUGCUCAAUUGACAACACCGACAUUGUCCUUUGGCACACAUUCGGUCUUACUCACUUCCCCUCGCCGGAAGAUUAUCCCAUUAUGCCGGCUGAGCCUAUGACGUUGCUUCUUCGCCCUCGCAACUUCUUUGAUCGUAACCCUGUUCUUGAUGUCCCGCCUAGCUAUUCGCGGACACCGACGCAGGUCGCAUCUGGGGCGGGAGCUUGUGGGUGCAAGAAGAGUGAUGGAUCGAGUGUUUUGGUGUAAGAUGAUGGCUGGUUCAUGUUGAGAGGAGUUGUCUUUUAGCUCUGGUUUCUUCGUUCUGUGUG